CCAGCCUGUCCCCCAUUUCUUCCUGGGUGUGGUGAAGGAGGAGGUGGCUGACAACAGGUUGAAGGCAGGGCCUGGCCUUCAGGGGACAAUGGAGGCACCAAAGGGCCAGGCCACCUCUCCCUCCACCUAAGUUGCCUCCUCCCUACUCAUGUGCCAGGAGCCUGCCCUUAUAACCUCAGUCCCUCCUAUCCCCCAGUUUUUAUCAGCUCUUUCUAACAGGGACCCGAGCUCAAGUCAGGCCCUCCCACCUUGAGCUCCAGUCUUGGCUGUCUGCUAGAAGGCAACGACCCCCACCCGAGGCCUGCCUGAGGUCACCAUCCCUGCCUCCUUCCCCGCUAGCAACAGGGGGCAAUCCAGUAGGCCUGGCGCCAGCAUCCAGGGAAGAAGGGAGGGUGGGGCGCUCCUGCCGCUCUGCAGGGGUGGGGCGUCCCCCUCCCCACACAGCCCCGCUCGGGCCAUCAGGCCAGUGGGAGGAGCCACCCAUGCCCUCCCUGAGCCUGUAGGGCUUAUAAAGCUGCCUCGCAGCGGUCAACCGCUCCUCCCCAGUCCCCGGCCUAGCUCUGCAAGCGGUGGCUGCGUGUCGUCCUCGCCGCCAUGAGCCACUCGUCGGGCCUUCGGGCCAGCGUCAGCUCCACCUCGUACCGCCGCACCUUUGGGCCGCCGCCCUCGCUAUCCCCCGGGGCCUUCUCUUACUCGUCCGGCUCCCGCUUCUCGAGCAGCCGCUUGCUGGGCUCGGCGUCCUCGGGCUCCUCCGUGCGCCUGGGCAGCUUCCGUGCCCCCCGGGCAAGCGCUGGCGCCCUCCUGCGUCUGCCCUCGGAGCGCCUCGACUUCUCCGUGGCCGAGGCCCUCAACCAGGAGUUCCUGGCCACACGCAGCAACGAGAAGCAGGAGCUGCAGGAGCUCAACGACCGCUUCGCCAACUUCAUCGAGAAGGUGCGCUUCCUGGAGCAGCAGAACGCGGCCCUGCGCGGGGAGCUGAGCCAGGCCCGGGGCCAGGAGCCGGCGCGCGCCGACCAGCUGUGCCAGCAGGAGCUGCGCGAGCUGCGGCGGGAGCUCGAGUUGCUGGGCCGCGAGCGCGACCGGGUACAGGUGGAGCGAGACGGGCUGGCGGAGGACCUGGCGGCGCUCAAGCAGAGAUUGGAGGAGGAGACGCGCAAGCGGGAGGAUGCUGAGCACAACCUCAUGUUCUUCCGCAAGGACGUGGACGAUGCCACCCUGUCCCGCCUGGAGCUGGAGCGCAAGAUUGAGUCCCUGAUGGAUGAGAUUGAAUUCCUUAAGAAGCUCCAUGAGGAGGAGCUCCGAGACCUGCAGGUGAGUGUGGAGAGCCAGCAGCUGCAGCAUGUGGAGGUGGAGGCGACAGUGAAGCCGGAGCUGACGGCGGCGCUGAGGGACAUCCGCGCGCAGUACGAGAGCAUCGCGGCGAAGAACCUGCAGGAGGCGGAGGAGUGGUACAAGUCCAAGGUGCGAAAGCCUUCGAGGGCCUGGGAGGAGGGCGCUAGGGUGGGCGGACGUCCUGGCCCGCUUAUGCCCCGGGUGACCUCCACUUUCCAGUACGCGGACCUAUCCGACGCCGCCAACCGGAACCACGAGGCCCUGCGCCUGGCCAAGCAGGAGAUGAACGAGUCCCGGCGCCAGAUCCAGAGCCUGACGUGCGAGGUGGACGGGCUGCGCGGCACGAACGAGGCGCUGCUCAGGCAGCUGCGGGAGCUGGAGGAGCAGUUCGCCCUGGAGGCGGGCGGCUACCAGGCGGGCGCCGCGCGGCUCGAGGAGGAGCUGCGGCAGCUCAAGGAGGAGAUGGCGCGGCACCUGCGCGAGUACCAGGAGCUCCUCAACGUCAAGAUGGCCCUGGACAUCGAGAUCGCCACCUACCGGAAGCUGCUGGAGGGCGAGGAGAGCCGGAUCUCCGUGCCUGUCCAUUCCUUUGCUGCUUUAAAUAUAAGGACGACAGUGCCUGAGGUGGAGCCUCCCCAGGACAGCCACAGCCGGAAGAUGGUUCUGAUUAAGACCAUCGAAACCCAAGAUGGGGAGCAGGUGGUGACAGAGUCCCAGAAAGAGCAGCAGAGUGAGCUGGACAAGCCUUCUCCUCACAGCUACUGAGGCCCAUGGGCCAGAGCUCUCUCACUCUGCCCUAGGCCAACACUAAGACCAACCCCUAACACCAGUCCUUUAUUAGUCUCCCCUUCCUCUGCAUGUGGCUGAGUCACCCCUUCCCUGGCCCAUUGCCAAGCCCUACCCAGCCAGCAGUAGCUGGGCAUCUCCCUGCCCUGACCAUAGAUGUGACCCAUAUACUCUCCUUGUGUGUCCUAGUAAAUGGCUGAUGAUCCUCCAGGACAAGUUACCCCCGCCAAUGAUCCCAUGAUCGGUGGGUCUGAGUUUUACUUUUGAAUCAAAUAAAACUGCUGUCAAGAGAAA